UUGGGCGGCUGUCGGUAUUCUGAAUCUUUCCCUUUUAAAAUGAAUAUCACAUAACCCAGUAUCUAAAGGACCCUUCCUUCUAGUUUCAAACAGAAGAAAAACAGCUUGCUUGCAUGGUAUCAAAAAUUGAACAAAGAUUAUUAUAGUUAUCGAGGUGGCCCUUAAAAUUUAACAUGUCUGAUUCAAAGACAAGCCGAAGUGGUGGUGUUGGAAAGACCCAGACGAGAAAUCUUCCAUCAUGGAUGAGUUCAAGGGAGAAUGAGAGUAAAUCAAAUGAGUCAAAUGAUGGUAAAGGGCAUGGUCAAGGUUCUAACAGCACAAACUUUUCCAAAAUUAUGGAAGGGGUGGUCUUUGUAUUGUCAGGAUUUGUUAAUCCGGAGCGCAGUACGUUGCGGUCGCAGGCUUUGGCAAUGGGAGCAGAAUACCAGCCUGACUGGAAUUCAAAUUGCACUCUCUUGGUAUGUGCAUUUCAAAAUACUCCAAAGUUCCGACAAGUUGAAGCAGAUUGUGGAACAAUUGUAUCGAAGGAAUGGAUAUCAGAAUGUUAUGCACAGAAAAAGGUUGUAGAUAUUGAUCCUUACCUCAUGCAUGCUGGGAAACCUUGGCGUAGAAGCAACAUUUCCCAUGAAACUAGUGAAGAACAAGAAGGAUCCUCAUCAACAAAAUCUUACAAGCAAGUUGAAAAAUCACAAUCAAAGACAACUUCCAUUCCCUCCAAGAAUAAAGCUUCUCAUCCCGCUAAAGAAAGCUUUCUUCCUCCUGAAGUGAAGAAGUGGGUUAUUGAUGAUUUCAUUGGAACGAUUUCAUGGCUAGAGAGUCAAGAGGAAAAGCCAGAACCACAUGAGAUAAAGCAAAUAGCUGGUGAAGGGAUCUUAACUUGUUUGCAAGAUGCCAUAGAUUGUCUUGAACAAAAGCAGGAUGUGUGGCAAAUCACUGAGCAGUGGAGCUUUGUCCCUCGUGUGGUCAAGGAGCUUGCCAUGUUUGAGGGCAGUGAGCGUGGUUCACUCGCCAAGGAAGAUCUUUUGAGGAAAGCCAAGGCCUGCAAACAAAUAUACGAGGAUGAACUAACCAGGUUAGAUGGUGAUUCUUCAUCAAAAAAUAAAAAGCCAAAGACUGAUGGAGGUGAAGAGGGUAAAAAGGGGGGAACAAAAGCUAGCUCCAGGGAUGCAACAGGAUAUGACAGCGAUGAAACGAUCGAGAUGACAGAGGAGGAGAUAGACCUUGCUUACAAGAAUUUUGCUUCUGAAACUUUGUAAAUGAAGUUUUACGCCGGUGGGCUGAAGUACCGGUAUAAUUUGUGUUAUAUGCUAGAGUGUUGACUUGAAGCAUAUGCAUUACAGGUUUAACAACAUUGGUCGAAGAGAGACAGGGUUCCCAGUGCUGUUCCUUUCAGCUUGGCAUACUCUCAUCUUUCCUUUUGGAUGUUUGUCUCUUUCAUAACUUAAUUCAGGCAAUCACAUUUUUUCACUAUUUA